UCACCCAUAGAUCUCAAACAACCACCAUCUUUUCUUUUUAUAUAUAUAAACUGCUGUUGGUCACCAUCAGUGUUGCUAUAAAAUUAUUUUUCUUCAUAUCUAACAAAGAAAUGAACAACUACUUGUUUCCAAAACAAAUAUGAGAAGACAUGCUAUUCCUGUUGCUAAUUACACAUAAAAGUAGUGGCAGAUAUGCAAAGGAACAUUCCUCUACACAAGUCUAUAUGUACGUUUAUGGUGUAACUUUUUUUCUUUCAGCUUAACUUGUAUGUUUGUAAUAAAUUGGGAAUAGAACGUAGCUUCACCAGUCCGUACCACCCACAAACCAAUGGCUUGGCUGAAAACGCUAAUAAAUCCAUAAAAAGAGCACUGCGGAAGAUGGUUGAUGACAAUGGGAGUAAUUGGGAUAAAUUACUUGAACCCAUUUUGUUUUCUUUAUGAACUAAAAUACAUGCAACAACAAAAAUUUCACCUUUCUGACUAAUGUUUGGUGAUGACAUAGUGUUUCCAGAAGAUGUCUUAGAGAAUUACACGAUCCCAGAUCUGAAUAUGUUCGGGGAAGAUUUCUGCAAAGAGUACAGCAUGAAUAUGAAAUCGAGACAUGAUGCUGACAUUGCUCUGCCACUAAGUAACAUUGCUAAAGCACAAGAAAAACAACAAAGACAUUAUGCUAAAAGAAAGACUUCUAAAUAUGGGGAAAUAACAUUUGAAGUUGGGGACUCUGUACUAUUACUGAAUGCUAGACAGCGAACAAGAAAAGGAGGAGUAUUGGAAUCUAAAUAUCAGGGACCAUACAAAAUUAUGAGUGUUGAAGGUAAGAGAGUGAAAUUACAUACCAUCUCAGGGAAACAGUUAGGAACCAUGUACAGUAUUGCACACUUAAAACCAGUAAAAGAGCCAACAACAUUAGCUGCUGAAAGCACAUCAGAGGGAAAAACUGGUACUGAAAUUGGAGUUGGUGACACUGAACCAGAAACACCCACGGAAGAGAUUAGAGAAGUGGAUGGCACUGUAUCUCAUGACAGCAAAGUGGAAAACAUAGAGGUCACAGCAAUAGAAAAAGAGGAAUAUAUAGGGCAAGAUGUGUCAAACAAUGAUACAAGUGAUGCUGAUGACAGUUUUGAUGACAUGCUUACAGAGGAAGUGGAAGACAAGCAAUGGCUUCUGAAAGUAAAAUUGGCAAUGACCAGCAAACACACAGAGAGACUGGAGGCGAAAGUGAGAAACAUAAAAUUGUAUGGCUCUUCAUUUCAUUGCCUGAAACCGAGAAGCUGGAUAAGUGAUGAGGUUAUUGAUGCAUUUUUGAUCUGUGUAGUUGAGAAAGCAGAUGGAAAGGUACAAGCCAUCUCAUCAGUAGUUUCCACUGUCAUUCUCUCAGGCAGAGCUACACAAAUUAAAGUGAAGGUAAAUGUUAACACACUUUCAUACAUAAAAUGAAAAAAAACCAAUUUCAGUCACUGAGUUAAACACAGUGUGAAACAGCAAAAACAAUGAUAUGUUUGAUGUGGGGGAGUAGUCUAAUAGUAAUACAUGUAAUGAAUCUGGGAAAUACAGUAUAAUGUAUAUUUCAUGGUUUGCCUCAUUGGAAACUAUAAUUACAUUUCUAAUUUCUUUUAAAUAAAUACAGAAUGAAUUACU